GCAGCCCCGGCGCGCGGCCGGUUCCGAGCCCGGGGGAGGCGGCCGCGCGCUGGGACCCGCGGAAGCACUCGCUCCUCAUCGUGAUCGGCGACAUCAGCACCGACGGCCAACUGCGGACCGUGCGGGGACACCUGGAGCAAGGGAUCCGCUCAUGGGACAUCGACCUGUCACUCUGCGACCUGAACCAGCAGCUGAAACUCUUCAUAACACGGCACCUCGCACACUUCUCCUCCGAGGUUAAAGGCCAGAGGACCCUCAGCCAUCACAGCGAGACCCUCGAGACUGUCAUCCUCGUGAACCCCGCCGCCAACAGCAUCAGCUCUGAGGUGCGGACUCUCCUAGCUGCCCCUUCGGCUCACAAGCUGCUGAUCCUGAGCGGGCAGGCCACCGAACCCACGGGAGACCUGGUUCUGCAGAGGGGCACCUUCUCCCCGCGCAGCUUCGCCCAGAUCCUGCUCGAGCCUGAGGUCUCCCAGCAUCUCCGCCCCGGCGAGCCUGGGAUCCAGGCCUCCCUGACCGUGUCCGCCCUCGGGGAGGGCGACUGGGGGCAGGGGGUGCCUCUGGGCCCCGGCCAGAGCCUGGUCCUGCGCCUGAACCCGGAGCCGGCGCUGCCCGCCAUGGACGGCGCGGCCGAGUUCGCCGAGUACGUCUCGGAGACGGUGGACGUGCCGUCGCCCUUCGACUUGCUGGAGCCUCCCGCGUCCGGCGGCUUCCUGAAGCUGUCCCGGCCGUGCUGCUACAUCUUCCCCGGCGGCCGAGGCGACUCGGCGCUCUUCGCCGUCAGCGGGUUCAACAUGCUGGUGGACGGCGGGUCGGAGCGGCGGGCCUGCUUCUGGAAGCUGGUGCGCCACCUGGACCGCAUCGACUCGCUGCUGCUGACCCACAUCGGCGCCGACAACCUGCCCGGCAUCAACGGGCUGCUCCAGCGCAAGGUGGCCGAGCUGGAGGAGGAGCCGCCAUCUCAGGGAUCCGGUGGGGGCGGGGGCGGGGGCGGUGGGGGCUACGGCGACUGGGUCCGCAACCUCAUCUCGCCCGAGCUGGGGGUCGUCUUUUUCAACGUGCCCGACCGCCUGCGCCUGCCCGACGCCACCCGCCGCGCCAAGCGCAGCCUGGAGGAGGCCAGCCUGGCCGUGCACUACCUGGACCGGCUGGGGAUCGUGCCCGAGCCCCUGGCCCGGCCGGCGGGCGGUGCCGCCCUGGAGCCGCUGACCCUGUUCCACAAGCUGGGCGUGGGCCGCCUCGACCUGUACGUGCUGAACCCCGUGCGGGACAGCAAGGAGAUGCAGUUCCUCAUGCAGCGCUGGGCGGGCAACAGCAAGGCCAAGACGGGCAUCGUGCUGGCCAGCGGCAAGGAGGGCGAGAUCUCUGUGCCCUAUCUGACCUCCAUCACGGCCCUGGUGGUCUGGCUGCCCGCCAGCCCGGCCGAGAGGAUCGUGCGCGUGCUCUUCCCCGGCAACGCCCCGCAGAGCAAGAUCCUGGAGGGAUUGGACCGGCUGCGCCACUUGGACUUCCUGCGCGCCCCGACGGCCACGCCCCGUGACCCCGCCGGUCCCGCCGCCGCCGCCGCCAAAGGGAAACAGAGGGCCGACAGCAAGGAGAGCCUCCGGGGCUCCGCUGCCACCGCCACCGGCACCAGGCCACCCCGGAAGGAGGAGGCGGCUGAGGAGGGCGCCAAGGAGGCCCGCUCUGAGCUGGCCAAGGCCGAGAAAGCCCGCACCGAGGUGGGCGAGGCCCCGCGGACCGAGAAGAGGCGGCCCGCGCGGGAGCGGGACAAAGGAGCCAAGAAGCAUGGGCGCGAGAAGGCCGUGCGGAUGGAUGAGAAGCGGGACAAGGAGAAGCGGGACAAGGAGAAGCGGGACCUGAAGAAGGAGCGCAAGGAGCGCAAGGACGAGGUGCGGCGUGGAGACGAGCGCAAGAAGGAGGUCAAGCCGGAGCCACGGCGGCCGCCUCGGCCCGACCUCAAGGCCUUCACCCCCGAGGUGCGCAAGACCCUGGUCAAGGCUAAGGCCCCCGGACGAGCCAAGCUAGACAAGCCCCGCGGCGCCCGGGGGGACAAGGAGCCGCCGCCACAGCCCCCUACGGCCCCGGUCCCUGCGGCGCCGGCCCCGGCCCCCCUGGAGGACCUGAGCCGAGACGUGGAGGAUCUGCGGCUGCAGCAGCUGACCGUCCCACCCGGCCCGGCCCCCGAGCCGUUAUCCUCUGGGGAGCAGCCCGAGGGGACGGACCGGGCCACCCCGAUGCUGCCCGUGGCCCCGACCGGGGAAGUCCCGGAGGAGGCCGGAGAGGACAGCGAGCCCGAGGCCUGCGAGGACGUGAUCGAGAAGGCUGAGGUGGAGGCCAUGGAGGAGCCGGAGCAGCGGCCGGAGCGGUCGCCGGAGCAGCCGCCGGAGCGGCCGCCGGAGGAGUCUCCCGAGGCCGUGGCACCCCUCCGGCCCCCCCGGCUAGACGUGCCACGACCCCCAUUGAGGGCUCGGGGCCCCGAGAGGGACGAGUCGCUGCUCAGCGGCCCAGCCGGCCCCGAGCACGUGUCCUACAUCCAGGACGAGACGAUCCCCGGCUACUCCGAGACCGAGCAGACCAUCUCGGAUGAGGAGAUCCACGACGAGCCCGACGCGGCCCCCCGCUUCCCCGUCGCUGCCCUCGAGCCCCCCGGUCCCACCCCAGCCCCCUACGCCCCGCACCUGGUGGCCGCCCCGCUGGCUGAGGAGGAGCACGUGUCGUCCACCACAUCCAUCACCGAGGGCGACAAGCUCUCCUCCUUUGCCACGUCGGUGGCCGAGGACCAAUCCGGGGCGUCGCUGACGGCUCCGCAGACGGAGGAGGCCGGCCGGGGGUCCCUGCCGCUGGACACGGGACCCAGCAUCCCCUCGUCCCGCACCGAGGCCACGCAGGGGCUGGACUACCUACCAUCUGCAGGCACCAUCUCGCCCACCUCCUCACUGGAGGAAGAUCGGGGCUUCAAGUCGCCGCCCUGUGAGGACUUUCUGGCACCGGGGGAGGCCGUGGGGAGGGUUCUGCCAGCAGCGGGGACCGUGGUGGCGGUGAUGGCUGAAGAGGAGGAGGAGGAGGAGGAGGAAGAGGAUGAGACCCCCAAUGUGGAGCAGCCGGUGAAGCUACGGGGUCCCCUCGGGCCCAAGCUGUUCUACCCCACGGAGACCCCGUCGCUGCCAUCGUCCUCACCCCCGGGGGAGGCUGGGGAGCUGGAGGAGCGCUGCCUCAGCCCCGACGACAGCACCGUCAAGAUGGCCUCGCCGCCUGCAUCGGGACCCCCCAGCGCGGGCCACACCCCCUCCCACCAGUCGCCCCUGGAGGAGAAGACCGAACCUCAGACCUUCGAGGCAGCCGUGUUGCAGGGAGGAGCCCAAGCCACACUGCCCGUGGGCCCCGUGGGCCUAGGUGGGAAGGGCCAGAAAGGGGCAGCAGAGUCAGGACCCCAGCAGGGAGAGCUUGAGGGCACUGCCUAUGUGGAGCCGGGGCCAGCCAGUGCCAAGUCUGUGGUGACUUUGGAACCCACAGGACCCACCAGACGCUCAGAGUCCCCAGAGCCCACAGCACCACCGAGGCCAACGAAGAUCUCAGAGCCCACAAAGAUCUCAGAAUCCAAGAAGCCCACGGAGGCCCCAGAGCCCACCGUUAUCUCUGAGCCCGCAGCACCCCUGGGACCAAUCAAGAUCUUUGAGCCCACAAAGAUUUCUGAGUCCGUGACACCGCUCGAGCCCAAAGAGAUUCUGGAGCCCACCAAAGUCUCAGAAUCUGAGAAGCCCACGGAGGUCCCAGAGCCCACCAAGAUCUUGAAGCCCAUAGCACCAGUGGAGUCGGUGGAGAUCUCAGAGCCCACAAAGAUCACAGACCACAUAAAGACCUCAGAGUUCAAAGCAUCACCGGAGCCGAUGAAGAUCUCAGAGCCCACUGUAUCACCAGAGCCAGCCAAGAUCUCAGCACCCACCUAUAUCACACCCACCGCACCCCCAGAGCCAGUGAGAAUCUCAGAGCCCAUAAUGAUCUCGGAGCCCACAAAGGUCUCAGGGUUCAAGAUACCCACGGAGGCGCUAGAGCCCACCAAGAUCUUGGAACCCAUAGCACCACCACUGCCAGCAAAGAUCUUGGAAUCCACAGCGAUCUCAGAACCCACGAUCUCAGAACCCCCAAGCUCACCAGAGCCCACGAAGGUCUUGGAGUCCACAACGAUCUCAGAACCCCCAGCCUCACCAGAGCCCACAAAGAUCUCGGAAUCCAUAGUGAUCUCAGAACCACCAGCCUCACCAGAGCCUACAAAGAUCUUGGAGUCCACAGCGAUCUCAGAACCCAAAGCCUCGCCAGAGCCCAUGAAGAUUUUGGAGUCCACAGUGAUCUCAGAACUCCCAGCCUCACCAGAGGCUACAAAGAUCUUGGAGUCCACAGCAAUCUCAGAACCCAAAGCCUCACCAGAGCCCACAAAGAACUUGGAGUCCACAGCGAUCUCAGAACCCCCAGCCUCACCAGAGCCCACAAAGAUCUUGGAGUCCACAGCGAUCUCAGAACCCAAAGCCUCACCAGAGCCCACAGAGAUCUUGGAGUCCACAGCGAUCUCAGAACCCACAGCCUCACCAGAGCCCACAAAGAUCUUGGAGUCCACAGCGAUCUCAGAACCCACAGCCUCACCAGAGCCCACAAAGAUCUUGGAGUCCACAGCAGUCUCAGAACCCAAAGCCUCAACAGAGCCCAGAAAGAUCUUGGAGUCCACAGCGAUCUCAGAACCCACAGCCUCACCAGAGCCCACAAAGGUCUUGGAAUCCACAGCAGUCUCAGAACCCACAGCCUCACCAGAGCCCACAAAGAUCUUGGAGUCGACAGCAAUCUCAGAACCCAAAGCCUCACCAGAACCCACAAAGAUCUUGGAGUCCACAGCCAUCCCAGAACCCAAAGCCUCACCAGAGCCCACAAAGAUCUUGGAGUCCACAGCGAUCUCAGAACCCCCAGCCUCACCAGAGCCCACAAAGAUCUUGGAGUCCACAGCGAUCUCAGAACCCAAAGCCUCACCAGAGCCCAGAAAGGUCUUGGAGUCCACAGCGAUCUCAGAACCCACAGCCUCACCAGAGCCCAGAAAGAUAUUGGAAUCCUUAGCAGUCUCAGAACCCAAAGCCUCACCAGAGCCCAGAAAGAUCUUGGAGUCCACAGCGAUCUCAGAACCCACAGCCUCACCAGAGCCCACAAAGAUCUUGGAGUCCACAGCAGUCUCAGAACCCACAGCCUCAACAGAGCCCAGAAAGAUCUUGGAGUCCACAGCGAUCUCAGAACCCCCAGCCUCACCAGAGCCCACAAAGAUCUUGGAGUCCACAGCGAUCUCAGAACCCAAAGCCUCACCAGAACCCACAAAGAUCUUGGAGUCCACAGCCAUCCCAGAACCCAAAGCCUCACCAGAGCCCACAAAGAUCUUGGAGUCCACGGCGAUCUCAGAACCCCCAGCCUCACCAGAGCCCACAAAGAUCUUGGAGUCCACAGCGAUCUCAGAACCCCUAGCCUCACCAGAGCCCACAAAGAUCUUGGGGCCCACCAAGAUUUUGGAGUCUAAGGCACCACUAGAGUCCACAAAGUUCUUGGAGUCCUCAGCACCAUCAGAGCCCAAAGAGGUCUUUGAGCCCAAGGCAUCAAUGCAGCCCACAGAAGUCUCUGAGCCUAUGGCACCACUAGAAUCCGCAAAGAUCUCGGAGCCCAAAGCAUCACCGGAGCCCACAAAGAUCCCUGAGCCCACAGCACCAUCAGAGCUCCCAAAGGUCUCUGAAACCACAGGACCAUCAGAACCCACAAAGAUCUCAGAGCCUGUCAAGAUCUCAGCGCCCACCAAGAUUUUAGAAACCCUACCACCGGACUCCACAGCACUACCUGAACCCACAAAGAUCUCAGCGCCCACCGAGAUUUUGAAAACCCCGGCACCGCCAGAGUCCCCAAAGUUCUCGGAGUCCACAGCACUACUAGAGCCGACAAAAAUCUCGGAGCCCACGGCACCACUAGAAUCCACAAAGCUCUCAGAGUCCCUGGCACCACCAGAGCCCACAAAGAUCUCAGAGCCUGUCAAGAUCUCAGCGCCCACCAAGAUUUUAGAAACCCCAGCACUGGAGUCCACAGCACUACCAGAGCCCACAAAGGUCUCUGAGCCCACGGCAUCACUAGAAUCCACCAAGUUCUCGGAGUCCUUGGCCACACCAGAGCCCACAAAGAUCCCUGAGCCCACAGCUCUACCAGAACCCAUAAAGAUCUCUGACCCCACGGCACCACCAGGGACCACAAAGAUCUCUGAGCCCCAUGCAUCAGCACUAGAGCCCACAAAAAUCUCGGAGCCCAAGGUACCACCAGAGCCCAAAACACCAUUAGAGCCCACAAAGAUCUCAGAGCUCACAGCACCACCAGAGCCCACAAAGAUCCCUCGGCCCACGUCACCACCAGAGUUCACAAAGAUCUCUGAGCCCAGUGCAUUAUCACCAGAACCCACUGAAAUCUCAGCGCCCAAGGCACCAGCAGGGCCCACGGCACCACCAGAGCCCACAAAGAUCUCAGAGCCCACAGCACCACAAGAGUCCACAAAGAUCUCUGAGCCCAAGGCACCACCAGAGCCCACAAAGAUCCCUCGGCCCACGUCACCACCAGAGUUCACAAAGAUCUCUGAGCCCAAAGCAUUAUCACCGGAACCCACUGAAAUCUCAGCGCCCAAGGCACCAGCGGGGCCCACGGCACCACCAGAGCCCACAAAGAUCUCAGAGCCCACAGCACCACAAGAGUCCACAAAGAUCUCUGAGCCCAAGGCACCACCAGAGCCCACAAAGAUCCCUCGGCCCACAUCACCACCAGAGCCCACAGAGAUUCCUCGGCCCACGUCACCACCAGAGUUCACAAAGAUCUCUGAGGCCAAAGCAUUAUCACCAGAACCCACUGAAAUCUCAGCACCCAAGGCACCAGCAGGGCCCACGGCACCACCAGAGCCCACAAAGAUCUCAGAGCCAAAGGCACCACCAGAGCCCACAAAGAUCUCAGAGCCCACGGCACCACCAAAGCCCACAAAGAUCUCAGAGCCCACAGCACCACCAGAGCCCACGGCUCCACAAGAGUCCACAAAGAUCUCUCAGCCCACGGCACCACCAGAGCCCACAAAGAUCUCAGAGCCAAAGGCACCACCAGAGCCCACAAAGAUCUCUCAGCCCACGGCACCACCAGAGCCCACAAAGAUCUCAGAGCCCACAGCAUCAUGGGAGCCCACAAUGAUCUCUAAAUCCACAGCACCACCAGAGCCUACAAAAAUCCCUGAGCCCACAGGACCGCCAGAGCCUACAAAAAUCCCUGCGCCCAAGGCACCGUCAGAGCCUACAAAGAUCCCCGAACCCAGAGCAUCACCAGAGCCCAGAGAGACCUUUGAGCCCUCGGCACCACCAGAGCCUACAAAGAUCCCUGAGCCCAGAGCAGCAUGGGAGCCCACAAUGAUCGCUAAGCCCACAGCACCACCGGAGCCCACAAAAGUCCCUGAGUCCACAGCACUGCCAGAGCCCCCCAAAAUCCCCGAGCCCAGAGCACCGCCAGAGCUGCAGAUCCUGAGUGCCAAGACCUUCCCCUCGGAGGAACCACCCCAGUCCCAGUGGGGCCUCUCCCCUCAGGUUCCGGGCGACGGGCGGCUCGGUGGAGAACCCCAACGCCUCUACUGCCCCACCGGGAUGUCCCUGGCCGCAGGCCCGAGCCCGUGGCCCGACCUCUCCCCGGCAGAUCCGCGGCUGCUGUCCUUCUCCGAAGACAGCCCGAGCCGAGAAACCUCACUGGACAUCUCCUCCCAGCAGCUGACUCCAGACAGCCUCAGUCCGCUCCAGGGUGGUGACCCCAGCCCCCCGGGGGGCCCCCAGGCCCAGGGCAGCCCCGAGAUGGGCCCGCCUGCCAUCACGGUGCCGCCAGGGGAGGUCGAGGUGGCCCUGGGGGGCGGCAGCCCAGGCCAGGCCGGGGCCUCCAAAGAGCCGGGCCCGGCGGGAGCCUCGGAGGUUUUCUGGCAGCGCCAGGCCACGGCCCUGGAGGAGGAUGCCUCCUGGAAGGAGCUGAGCUGCGAGCGGAAGGUCUGGUUUCCCCACGAGCGGGACGGGGCCCCCGACCUUGGGUCAAGGCCGCGCUACAGCGAGGAGCGGGAAAGCACGUUCCUGGACGAGGGUCCGGAGGAAGGGGAGAGCGAGCGGGGGGCGACCCCGACCCCCGACCCCGCGCCCUCGCCCUUCGAGAUCUUGUCCCCGCCAGGCUCACCGGCGAAGGCCCCGCUCCCGGAGCCCAGGCCCCGGCCGCCCGCCCGCAGGGAGCCCCCCUCGCCCUCCUGGCUGGCCGAGAUCCCUCCCUGGGUGCCCAGGGAGCGACCCCUCCCGCCGGCGCCCUCCUCCCCGGCGCCCCCCGCCCCGGGGCCGCCGCCCCCGACUCCGUUCCCGUGGAGCGUGGCCGACUACGACAGCGUGGUGGCCGCCGUGCAGGAAGGGGCGGCGGAGCUGGAGGGGGGGCCCUACUCUCCGCUGGGGAAGGACUACCGCAAGGCCGAGCGGGCCGAGGAGGGACCGGAGCGCUGCGCGGAGGCUCCCUCGAAGGCCGGGGAGCCGAAGGCCGGAGAGUCGAAGGCCGGGGAACCGAAGACCGGGGAACCAGAGUCGGUGAUGAGGGCGGCGGAGCCGGAGCCGGAGCCCAGGGAGCCCACCCCUUACCCGGACGACAGAGCCUUCCACUACGCCGACAUCUACGAGCAGGUCCUGCUGGCGCGGCCCGGCCCUGCCCGCCCCGCCCGGGAGCCGCCCCUCGGGGUCGCCGGGGUCACAGGGGUCACCGGGCUCGGGGCGCGGCCCCCUCCGGGAAUCUCCGCCAAAGAGGCGGCGGCCGGGCGGCAGACCCCGGCCGAGAAGGAGCUGUCGUCCCCGGCCUCCCCGAGGGACGGCCAGGCUGCCGCCUUCGACUACGCGGCCACCCCGGGGGGCCCGGGCCCGGAGGAGGAGGAGGAGGAGGAGGAGGAGGAGGCGUCGGAUGAGAGCGACUCGGAGCCGGAGAAGGGGGCGCGGGAGCCGCCGGAGAAGGCGCCCCCCGGCCGCGGCCCCGCCCGGCCCAGCCUGGAUUUCCCGGCGUCGGCCUUCGGCUUCUCCAGCCUGCGGCCGGCGGGCCCGGCGCCGCCGUCGCCGUUGGGGCCGCGCUCGGCGCCCUGCGGCUCCCUCGCCUUCUCCGGGGGCCGCGCCCUGGCCCUGGCCCUGGCCCCCGGCCCCGCGGCCCGCCCGCGCCCCGAGGACGGCCUGGAGGGGACCAAGUCCCCCAGCCUGGACUCGGCGCUGCCCCGCCCGCCCCGCCCCGGCUCUCCGGCCCCGUCCGACGACUCGUCGCCCGAGGCGACCACUCCAGUCCUGCGGGGCCGCGGCCCCUGGGCCCUGGGCCCGCCGGUGAGCUCCGGGCCCCCCGCCCCGGGCCCCGCCUCGCCGGGCCGCCGCACGGCCAAUGGCCCCGGCGACGCCAGCCGGGGCCCCCCGAGCCUCAGCCCCGCCGUCCGCCGCAGCCCUCCGAGCCCCGAGCUCCCCGGCCGCGGCAGUCCCCCGACCCACAGCCCCACUGGUCCCCGCAGCCCCCCGACCCCCAGUCCCCCCGGUCCCCGCAGCCCCCCGACCCCCAGUCCCUCCGGUCACGACAGCCCCCCGACCCGCAGCCCCCCGACCCACAGUCCCUCCGGUCACGACAGCCCCCCGACCCGCAGCCCCUCCGGCCACGACAGCCCCCCGACCCGCAGCCCCUCCGGCCACGACAGCCCCCCGACCCGCAGCCCCUCCGGCCACGACAGCCCCCCGACCCCCAGCCCCUCCGGCCACGACAGCCCCCCCGGGUCCGGCCGGCCGACCUCCCUGCUCCCCGCGGGCCCGCAGGGCUGGGCGGCCGAGCCCCGGGCCCCCCGCGGGGACCUGUCGCCGUCCUUCCUGAACCCGUCGCCGCCGCGGGGGCCCGACGACAGCGACGCGUCCGCCGACGAGGCGCGUCCGGCCGGGCGCGGGGGCCGGCGCCGGCCCGGGGGCUCCGGGGGCUCCGGGGGCUCCGGGGGCUCCGGGGGGUCGGCGCCCGCCGAGGAGACGCCCCCGACCUCGCCCAGCGACUCGGGCUCGUCGCAGUCGGACUCGGACGUGCCCCCGGAGACCGAGGAGUGUCCGUCCAUCACGGCCGAGGCGGCGCUCGACUCGGACUCGGACGCCGACUUCCUGCCGGUGGACAAGGCCGGCGGCGGCGGCGGCUGCUCUGGCGGCUCUGGCGGCUCUGGCGGGGGCCUCGGGGCGCGGGCCGGGCCCGACCCGCCCCCCGCCGCCGCCCCCGACCCCCGCCCCGCGCCGCCCCGCCCGGACGUCUGCAUGGCCGACCCCGAAGGACCGGCCGAGCCCGGCCGCGCCCAGCGGCUCCGGGACAGGGAGAAGAGCCGCCCCGGCCGCAGGGCCCCCGCCCGCCCCAAGCAGGCCUCUCCCGCCCGCCGUCUCGACCUGCGGACCAAGCGCUCGCCCACCCCCGCCAAAGCCCCCGCCGAGCGAGGCCCCCGGGCCCGGGCCCGACCCCCGACCGCCGCCGGGGACCACAAGGACGUCCACGGCCCCAAGGCCGGGCCAGGAGCCGCGGGGCCCAAGGGCGGCUCGGGCCCCCCGGUCUACGUGGACCUCGCCUACAUCCCCAACCACUGCAGCGGGAAGAACGCCGACCUCGACUUCUUCCGCCGCGUUCGCGCCUCCUACUACGUGGUCAGCGGCAACGACCCGGCCAACGGCGAGCCCAGCCGGGCCGUGCUGGACGCGCUGCUGGAGGGCAAAGCCCAGUGGGGCGAGAACCCCCAGGUAACUCUGAUCCCCACCCACGACACGGAAGUGACCCGCGAAUGGUACCAGCAGACGCACGAACAGCAGCAGCAGCUGAAUGUGCUGGUCCUGGCGAGCAGCAGUACCGUAGUCAUGCAAGAUGAGUCCUUCCCGGCCUGCAAGAUCGAGUUCUGAGGGCCCCAAGGCCCCGGCCCCCUGCCCACCCCCUGGCCCAGCCCCGCCCCGAGCUACUGACCCCGAGCCCUCCGGCGAAGGGGAGGGCGGGAGUCCCGGGGUCCCUGGGGGUGGGCCCUGCCCUCCUCAGGCCCCCCAAAAUGCAGUGUGCCCCCUUUCCCCAGCCUGGCCGGGGCCUGAGAACCAAAGGAUUUUUCCCGGGAAAGAAAGAGGAGAGGUCGGAGUGGGGCCCCACGACCACCUCCCAAUCUGCCAGAUUUCCCCUCUCCCCAAGGCGGUGCCCAGGUCCGUGGCAGGGCGGGAGAGGGGACGCGGCCGGCCAGACCCCUCCUCUCAGGGAGAGCCAGGCCCCCUUUCCCCAGGGCGCCCCAUUCCCAUUUCCCGGAUCUGUUCUGCCGCCGCCGCCCCUGCCCCCGCAAGAGGGUUUAGUGUAAUUUACCGUUGCCCGCGGUGGAGCGCUCGAUGCCCAGGGCUAUGUGCCUCCCGUUGCCCUCUUCCACCUGCCCCCUCCCACCGGGGUCCCGGCCUAGGUUGAGUCGAGCCCCACUCUGUGCUGCACUGCCUUCCCCCAGCCCAUCCCUUACAUCUGAAUGUCUCCAAAGCCAAAACUUGAAGCCCCUCCGAGGGUUGGGGGUGGGGUGCUCCCUCCUCCUCUUCCUUCUUCUCCUCCUCCUCCUCCUCCUCCACACUUAUCCUGCAGUUUCCAGCUCAGGCCUGAUGGGAAGGUUGUGGAGGGUGGCUAGAGCUGACCCCAGACUCCCUCUCCCGCCUUCUCGCACCCCCCUGCCAAAACACAUACACACACACACACAACCAACACACUCACACAGAGCACCCACUGCUUGUCUUCUCUGCAUGCGGCCGACCACCCUGACCUGGUUUGCACAGGACUGGGGCCAGCCCCAGCCUGACCCCAGCCCUAGCUGACCCCCGGCAGGGCUCGAUCCCGUCCCCCUCCAGGCAAGAGGACGAAGAGGAGGAGGAGCUGUAUGGACGAACUAUCCCGAGGGGGUGAGGGACUGAGUUGCGGGGUUCGGAAAGGGGCCUGCCCCAUCUCAGAGAGGCCGGCACUCCGGACCUGACCAGCCGCUUGGUCUGUCUGCUCAGUCGAACGAGGGAAAGCCGAAGGGAUCCCCCUUUUCUCUUGCCUCCUCCCUGGGGCUUGCCCCGCUCCUAUCCGCCUCCAGCUGCUGUAAAAGGAGCCGCCUUCGACACUCCAAUAAACCACGUGCAUCGCC